AUGGGGCUCAAGAAGACGCAGUUCCGCAUUGACCCACUGAUUCGAAUGGGGCUACAAGCUCCAGCUGGCAAGGCGGAAAUUUGGAAGCCAGAACCGGUGGCCUUCAGAGGCGUCUCUAGUUACUGGAACGAUGAUGAUGAUGAAAUGCCGCGCCCCCUGAUGCCGCCUCGCCCCCCUAGUGAUCCCAGAUUAAGAAAUAAGCCUAGCUUCUUUGAUAAUCUAAAACGCCGAGUCAAAGAGGAACAGGAGGCUAAGAAGAGAAAGAAAGAAGAGGAAGAAAAAGAAAAAGCCGAAAAAGAAAGUCAGGCUGCAAAGGAGGAGGAGGAGAAAAGAAAAGCAAAAGCAAAACGGGCACGUGUUCAGAGCGAAGUGUAUGUCAAAGAAGAAGUCAACGAGAAUUCGGGAAAAUCGAAAACAAAAUGGGUACGUGUUAAAUGUGAAUUGUACAUUGAGUCAGAAGAUGAAGAAGAAGCCCAAGAGAAAAAAAUCAAAAUGGAUGACACUGGGAAAAACAAAGAUGCUGGACGGGUCGAGGAGAUGCACUCGUCUGCCACAAACCGGCGCACCAAACAACGCCAAAACAGUCGAGAUCAAUCUGAUUACCAUCGUCGUCGUCAGCAGCAGCAGCAACAGCAGCACAACAACAAUUGCAAUAACCGCCACUACCACUACUAG